ACCUGUCAGCGAUACACUAUUUUGACGUUUUCGUUUGUGGUUGUCGCGGCUACAACGGCGCUGGUCGCCUUCGAGCCUACCCACACCGGCUUUCUUUUCUCGGCAACGACAUUUAUCUCCUGUCUCUUCUCAAUCUUCAUGAUAUUUAUGGACCCAGACCUUAUGAGCAGCUGCGCUGCUCCACUCCUGAUGUGUCUAUGCGUGACUAGUAUCUCCGUCGCUCUCGCCUUCGGGCGCGGAUGGGAAGACGGUCCGGUGUCCCGGGGAUUGCUCAUUCUCGCAUCCUCCGUCUUUGUAUUAUUUUCUUUUGGUUUGGCGUCCGAGAAGAGUUCAGGUUCGGGGGUGGGCGUUUUAAGAAAGCUCGCUGUCGUCCUCAAUGACCUCCGGGGCAUAGCUGUAACCAACAAGUAUUCCGUACUACCACUACAUGAGUCUUAUCCAUACUUUCAGACCCCCGCACAACCUGCCGCCGCCGCAGAUUCGGGCAUCACCAUCGCUGACUCGGGCAUCACCACCGCUGAUUCGGACGUCACCAACGCCUUCCCUGAAACCCUUCCGAACGAUGAUGGUCGGGCUGAAACCCUCCUUGACGUCUCUACAGAUUUCCCGGACAGCCAACCAAAGUAG